GUAAAAUCACUCAUCCAAUGACCUUACGCUAUCUAUAAAUACUAAGUAAAACAAGUCUAUCAUCCAUACCACAAACACAUCAUCAUAUAUUGCCACGUUAUAUGAAAAGUUUUUAAAUCAAUAUAUUGUACGAAGAGGAUUCAACAUGUCAGAGAAAAAGCUGAUAACUUCAGCCGUGCAGAAAGCCACAAAUGUUACUUUUCAAGAAAACCUUGUUGGUCGUGAUAAGAGAGGUCAGGUCCUAGGACAAGGCAAUCGUUUCUUGGGAUGCACUGUUUGGUUGACUGGACUCUCAGGAGCAGGAAAGACAACUCUUUCAUUUGCUCUGGAAAAUUAUUUGGUCAGUCAAGGAAUUCCAUCAUACAGUUUGGAUGGAGACAACGUAAGAACUGGUUUGAACAAGAAUCUUGGAUUCACACCUGAGGAUCGUGAAGAGAACAUCAGACGUAUUUCUGAAGUUGCUAAGCUAUUUGCUGAUGGUGGAAUAGUAUGCCUGACAUCCUUCAUCAGUCCGUAUGAAAGGGACAGAGCAAAGGCCAGAGAAUUGCAUGAGAAAGCAGGACUAAAGUUUGUGGAGGUAUUUGUAGAUACCCCACUAGAAGUUUGUGAAGAGAGAGAUGUCAAAGGACUGUACAAGAAGGCCAGAGCUGGACAAAUUAAAGGGUUUACUGGUGUAGAUUCAGCUUAUGAGCCACCUUCUAAUCCUGAUGUUAGAGUGAAGGCUAGUGAAUUUAUUGUGGAUGAAUGUGUUAAUCAGAUCGUUCUACAUCUCAUGGAAUUGGGAGUAGUUCCUUCUACAGCAGUAAGGAGCGUAAAGGAGUUGUUUGUACAAGAGAACAAACUAGAAGCUGCCAAGGCAGAAGCUGAAGCGCUCCCAUGUAUGGAGAUCAAUAAGCUUGAUACUCAGUGGGUACAAGUUUUAUCAGAAGGUUGGGCCACACCAUUGAAUGGUUUCAUGAGGGAGAGAGAAUACUUACAAUGUCAGCACUUUGGGUGUUUGCUAGAUGGAGGUGUAACAAAUCAGUCUGUCCCUAUUGUACUUCCUGUGUGUACUGAAGAUAAAGAGAGAUUGAAGGAUUGUACUGCCUUCACGUUAAAGUACGAAGGGAAAAAUAUAGCAAUCAUUCGAGAUCCAGAAUUCUAUGCACAUAACAAGGAGGAGAGAUGUUGUAGACAGUUUGGGACUAGUAAUAAGGGCCAACCAUAUGUCAAGAUGAUAUAUGAAAGUGGUGAUUGGUUGGUUGGUGGUGAUUUGUCCGUGUUAGAACGGAUAACUUGGAACGAUGGUUUAGAUGAAUAUAGGUUAACACCAUUAGAACUAAGGGCAGAAUUUAGAAGACUUGGGGCAGACGCAGUGUUUGCAUUUCAGCUACGCAAUCCUAUACACAAUGGACAUGCUCUAUUAAUGGCAGAUACAAAGAGAAGACUUAUAGACAAAGGAUACAAAAAACCCACCCUUCUACUACAUCCUCUAGGUGGUUGGACAAAAGAUGAUGAUGUACCUUUACCUAAUCGUAUAGAACAACAUAAAGCUAUAUUAGAAGAAGGUGUAUUAGAUCCAGAAUCAACAGUGUUAGCCAUAUUCCCAUCACCAAUGAUGUAUGCUGGUCCAACAGAGGUACAGUGGCAUGCCAAAGCCAGAAUGGCCACAGGAGCAAACUUUUACAUAGUGGGUAGAGAUCCAGCAGGAAUGCCACAUCCAGAUGGAGGGAAAGAUCUGUUUGACCCUACACAUGGGGCAAAGGUUUUAACAAUGGCACCUGGUCUCACACAGUUAGAAAUAGUACCAUUCAGAGUUGCAGCAUACAACACAAAACUCAAAUGUAUGGAUUUCUAUAAUCCAGAAAAGAAAGAAGAUUUUGAGUUUAUAUCUGGCACCAAAAUGAGAAAGUUAGCCAGAGAAGGCCAAUACCCACCAGAUGGGUUCAUGGCACCAAAGGCAUGGAAGGUCCUUCAAGCAUAUUACCAAUCUUUGAACAACCAAUAACACUUAACUCGGAACAAAAAAUCUAUGUGAUAAUGGGAUCGACAAAUUGUGGGACCAUAUUUUAUUCAAGAAGUUGUACUUCUUAUAUUUACCUUUAAUGAAAUAUGUUUCAAAUAUGUCUAUUAUUUAGAGAGAAAAAAAUUCUUUUAGAAAUAUUUACAAAUUACGCAAAUGGUUUUAAUAGGGGUCUGAUUAGAAUUAUGUAAAGUAUAAUAUUUUAUAAAAAGUCUGCAUAGUUCCCCUCUUUUCUCAAGUUUUUUUUGCUAAAAAAGUUUAAAUUUUCUAUUAAAUUUUUAUUUUGGAAAUUUUUAAAAUCCAAAAUUAGUUUAAUACAAAAUAGGUAGUAUAUAACAACCCACAUCUUUAUGUGUGGUAAAAUAUAGUGUAAAUACUGAUACACAAUGUAAUUACAGUUCUACUUUUAAAGAUUUAUUUUUCAAUCCUUCUUUACUAUGGAUAUUAUUUGUUUGAGGUUGUACAGAUUUUUUUAAAGUGUUAUAUUUUUACACCAAGAAUUUGAAUAAUUUGAAAGAAAAUUUUAUUGAAUAUUUUUCAGUUGUGAAAAUCAUCACUGCCAAAAGGUAAAAGUUAUUGACAAAUCUUCCUACAUUUUUGUAAUCCAAUUGUUGGAUAUGCUUUCUACAAAUAUAUUUGUUUGUUUUUUGUAACUUGCAUUAAUGAAUCAGUGUCAUGCUAUAGAAGUAUAUUUUAUCCUUUAUUUAUUAUAUCUUUGUAUUGGCUAUUUAUCAAUCUGCUGCACAGAACUUUUAUGAAAUUUAUAUUUUACAUAUUUCUGAAUGCCAUGUUACUUGUAUCAAAAUUUUAAGUAUUUUUUUAUUGUUUGUUAGAAGAGAAAAUAUAUUUUGGUUGAAUUUCAAAGAUUUUAGAUAUACAUUUGUGACUUAG